AAAGUAUAAAAGCAAAAUUAUGGAAUCGUAUUAACCACAUAACAUACAGUUUAUUAAAAAUUAAAAAUGAAGAAGUACGCUAUUUUUGUCGUAGCAGUUUUUGUACUUAUUGCAAGAAGUAAAGCUUUCCCUGCUGAAUCAAAUGGAAGCAUUAAAGAAACAAGUUCAGAGGAACCGGAUCGAGUUCAUUUCUAUUUGUAUACCCAACCAAAUUUCAGUGAACCUUAUGAUAUCGAUAUGAACGAUGUGGAAACAUUAGCAAGGUCACCAUUUGACUUCAGAAAUCCCACCACCUUUAUGAUUCAUGGCUGGAAUGAUGUAUACACAAGUGGAGCUACAGGAAGUAUUAGGGAAGCCCUUUCCAAAACAGAUCAAUCCAAAAAACCGAAUUUCAUAUCUGUCGAUUGGAGAAUAUACAGCAAAUUUGAGAACUACACUAAAUCCCAACAGCUCUGUUCGACAGCUGGAAAAGAGGUAGCAAAGUUCAUUGAUUGGAUGCAUGAGAACUCCAAGUUACGAUUUGAUACCUUGACUUUGUAUGGCCACAGCAUGGGUGCUCAAGUUGCUGGAUUUGUUGGAAAGAAUGUUCAACGGGGAAAAGUUCACACCAUUUUAGGAAUGGAUCCAGCUUUUCCAAUAUUCGAAAGCCUCGGUCCGGAAGAUCGACUAGCCGAAACCGACGCUGAGUACGUGGAAACAAUGCAUACAAAUGGUGGACAAUGGGGCUUCUAUCACCCAAUCGGUCAGACAGCCUUCUAUCCGAAUGGAGGCAAAUAUCAGCCUGGAUGUGGAAUUGAUUCAGACGGGAUGUGUUCUCAUCAAAAGGCUAUUUAUUAUUUGGCUGAAGCAAUUAUUUCUGGUGAGAAAAAUGAAUUUCAUGCAGUUAAGUGUGAUGAAUUGACGCAAGUGGAGGAAAGUAAGUGUAAUAAGUACGAAUCGAUAAUUAGAAUGGCUGAUCCAAGGAAUGCCCAAAAACCAAGGGGGAUUUUCUAUUUGGAAACAAAUAGUGAGGCGCCGUAUGCGAAGGGCAUAGCUGCUCUAUUGGAAAAAAAGGAAGGAAUAAAAAAACAUGCUCAAAGUUGAGACAAAUUUGUUUCAUUUAAUAU